UCCAAUCCAAAGAUAAGUUCAAGAAAUGCAAUGAGUGUGCUUGAAGCUAAGGACCCCACAUGGGCAGGGAAUUGAUCUUCGAGCUGCCAUUAAUGACACCAUGCUUUUCAAACAAACCCGACUUUCUCAGCUGUCCCUUUUGCCAGAGGAGCCUUCUCUCAUUGACUUUAUUUUACCCCACAGGGACUAUCAAUGACGCUUUUUCUUUAGUGCGCAUGAGUGAUUUUGGUCCCUUGUGUCGCGUUUUGGGUUUGAUUCAUAUUAUUGACUUGUAGGGGGAUUCGGUAAUGGUUUUCUAGGACAGAGAACUCGGCUGUUGACCUAAACUGAGUAGUUUGAUUUGAGGGGAUUUUUUGUUUUUCUGUUCGAUUUAGAAAUGUUUCUGGGUUUGCUCUAUUGAUGUGGCUUUGGCCCUUUAGGGUUUGUUUAUCUCUUAAAGGUGUUUAUGUCUUGGGUUAAAUCUCCUGGUGGAUUCGGCAAAGCAAAGAGAUCGGGAAGAAGCUGCAUUUUGAAGCAACUUCGAGGUUGAGGGAGAUAAGUUUAAUAAUAAACUGAUUCGAGGAUUUUUGAAAAGCAUUUGAUAAAGUUUAUUCCGAACUCUGUUGUUCAGUUCUUCCCUUCUUGCAUUUGAGGAAAUGGCUUGCAUGAAAUUGGGUUCUAAAGCAGAGGCAUUCCAGCGUCAUGGGCAGGCCUGGUUCUGCACCACUGGGCUUCCUAGUGACAUAGUUGUUGAAGUUGAGGAGAUGUCCUUCCACCUUCACAAGUUCCCUUUGCUCUCUAGAAGUGGAGUUAUGGAAAGACUGAUUGCUGAAGCUUCUGAAGCAGAGGAUGAAUGUACCAUAAACAUCCCUGGCAUUCCUGGAGGGGCAAAAACAUUUGAACUCGUUGCAAAAUUCUGUUAUGGUGUGAAACUUGAACUUACCGCCUCUAAUGUAGUGUACCUCCGUUGUGCUGCUGAGUGUCUUGAAAUGACAGAGGAAUAUGGUGAAGUUAAUCUAAUUUCACAAACAGAAACCUUCCUCAACCAAGUGGUCCAUAGAAGUUGGAAGGACUCUCUGAAGGCACUUCAAACCUCUGAUGAUGCCAUGCCUUAUGCUGAGGAGCUCAACAUCACAAAAAGGUGCAUUGAGUCACUUGCUGCGAAAGCAUCUACUGAUCCAAAUCUAUUUGGGUGGCCAGUUCUUGAACAUGGUGGGCAAAUGCAGAGCCCUGGUGGAAGUGUUUUGUGGAAUGGGAUAAGUACCGGGGCAAGACCAAAGAACUCAAAUUCAGAUUGGUGGUAUGAGGAUGUAUCAACUCUGAGUUUGUCACUUUACAAGAGGUUGGUAGAAGUCAUGGAAUCACGUGGCAUUAAGCAGGAGAUAAUCGCCGGUUCCCUUGCUUUCUAUGCUAAAACAUACCUGCCUGGGUUAAAUCGACGUCAAGUUUCUGGUGAGUCCAGUGCUCGAUUAGCAGCAGCAUCUUUAGGGUCUCCUCCAUCUGAAGAAGACCAGAAAGCUCUGCUAGAGGAGAUUGCCCAGUUACUCCCUAUGCAGAAGGGUCUAGUCCCAACAAGUUUCUUGUCUGGUUUACUUCGAACUGCCAUGAUACUUCGAGUAAACCCCUCAUGCAUAUCAAAUUUAGAGAAACGGAUUGGGAUGCAGCUUGAUCAAGCUACUCUAGAUGAUCUCUUGAUGCCUAAUUUCUCACAUUCAAUGGAGACCCUUUACAAUGUUGACUGUGUGCAGAGAAUUGUUGAACACUUCCUUGCCAUGGAUCAGGUUGCUGGUGAUGCCUCUCCAUGUUCUAUUGAAGAUGGUCAGUUGAUUGGUUCACCUUCGCUGACACCCAUCACCAUGGCAGCCAAACUUAUUGAUGGUUACCUGGCAGAGGUUGCCCCAGAUGUUAACUUGAAGCUUCCCAAAUUUCAAGCUCUUGCUGCUGCUGUGCCAGAGUAUGCCAGGCCCUUGGAUGAUGGCCUAUACCGUGCUAUAGACAUUUACUUAAAGUCUCACCCUUGGUUGGCGGAGUCUGAGAGAGAGCAACUUUGCAGAUUGAUGGACUGCCAGAAGCUCUCGUUAGAAGCAUGUACCCAUGCUGCACAAAAUGAGAGGCUACCCCUUAGAAUAAUAGUUCAAGUUCUGUUUUUUGAGCAGCUCCAGCUUAGGACUUCCAUUGCUGGUUGCUUUUUGGUUUCAGAUAAUCUUGACGGAUCGAGACAGUUAAGAAGCGGUUUUGCUGGUUCUAAUGAGGGAGGAUGGGCAACAGCAGUGAGAGAGAACCAAGUUUUGAAAGUGGGCAUGGAUAGCAUGAGGAUGAGGGUAUCAGAGCUUGAGAAAGAGUGCUCAUACAUGAGGCAGGAGAUCGAGAAACUAGGACGGUCGAAGGGAUCAAGUGCGUGGGGAACUGUGUCUAAGAAGCUUGGGUUCAAGCUAAAGUCUCAGAUGUGCAGUGCACAAGAGGGGUCUGUAAGCAACCAGAAUAAUGGAAAUGGUAAGGUCGAGAAAGUGAAGGAAAGACAUGGAAAGCACAAGAAAAUCUCUUCUCCUAGUGAAUAAAACGUCAUUCAAUUGGUUUCUUUUUAAUUGCCUCUCUCGUUACUGUCCCAUAUCUCUAAAACAACCUUGCUUCUGUCUACAUCGCAAGCAACUGUAAUGGAGAUGGAAGAAAGUUUCCUUGUGUAUUAUGUAACUGUAAACUAUAGCAUUAGUCUUCCUUUCUUUCGUUUUCAGGUCACAGGGUCUCUCUACAUGAAAUGCUUAUGUUCAUUAUGCAGCCUGAUUUUUCUGGAGACUUGUUUAUUCAUUAUUUAUUUUUCAAUUUUGUAGCAAUCUGUUUUGAUUUUCUUUGGCCAUAGUAAUGUAGCAAUCUCAGAUUAUCA